ACUGCAGGUUGUUUCAUUGGAAGCUGUCAUAGUGACACACAUUUUCAAAUCUGACCUCACAUCAGUGAUCUGCCUGGUGCCUGCCCCCUGGUGUAAGUCAAGUGGACUUCCUAAACCUUCAUUUUCUCACUAGACUCCAGCUUCUUCAUUAGAGACUCUCAGAUCCUUUGGAACCGAGGAAUGGAACUAACAUGCGACAGUCUGUCAACUGAAAGUUUCAUGAGUUCGCUCCUUUGCCAAGAUCUUGGCGAACAGUCCCUUACCGUGUGAUUGUGGCUCAGAAAUUAUUUUUCUUUUGGUGAUGAUCGUGCUGGGCUGGAUACUUUUUGUUGGCCUUGCGUCCUACAUGGGCACAUUUCCAGAGGCGAUGCCUCCAACUCUAAAGUGGAAAGAGAGGCUGUCUGUUCGGGAGAACAAGGCACGACGAAGGGCUCAAGCUUUGGAGGAGGAGCUGCUGCUCUGAGAACGAUGUGGAAGGGAUAUAAAUAUCCCCCAGGAGGGACCCCUCUGGAAGUAAACAAAGAUGACCCUGGUGAACCCAUGCAGCUGUGAAGAUCGCCCAACUGCACAGUUCCUGUUGUAGGUUUCGCAUAAAGUAAUCGCACGUUA